AUGUCUCCCACCGGUACCUGGUUGAUUACAGGCUCGAACCGCGGUAUAGGACUUCAGCUAACGAAGGAGCUGCUAUCCUCUUCCGCCAACACCGUUAUCGCGACCUGUCGCACACCUGAUACAGCGACGGAGCUGCAUGCGCUGGAGGAAAAUGUAGCGGGCACACUGCACAUAGUACCUCUGGACGUCAGCAGCGAGGCAUCCAUGCGGGAGUCGGUUCAGAUCGUCAGCUCAAUCCUCGGCGACGGAGGUAUAGACGUUCUGUACAACAAUGCCGCCAUCAACCCUACUUACGACACAGCGUUCAACUUCUCAUACCCUGAGUUUCUCGAGAUUUUGCAGAUUAACGUCGGCGCACCCGCGCUCCUCGCAGAGCUCUACUACCCAUUCCUCGAGCGCGGCCAGCACAAGAUGAUCGUGAACAUGACCACAGGUCUGGCCAGCUUUGGUUUAGACUGCGGACCGAAGUGUUCAUCGUACAGCAUCAGCAAGACGGCGUUGAAUAUGCUGACGUACAAGCAAGCGAAGGCGCGCCCGGAUUUCACUGCUGUCUGCAUGGACCCGGGAUGGGUGAAGACUGCGCUGGGAGGGGAAGGUGCCGUUCUGGAGGUAGAGGAGAGCGUGACUGGUAUCCUGAAGGUCCUGUCCUCCGUCAAUACGAAGGAUUCCGGCAAAUUCCUCAGGUACAACGGAACUCAGCAUCCCUGGUAGACACGCUCUCUAUAAAGUGUCUGUGUGUUGUUAUGGGUGCCCCCCUGUUUCAUACCUGCCCUGCCGAAUUGGGACCGAUAUUC